AUGAGUAAGUUCAAAAUCAUUGAUACAUUUUUUAAAAGAAAAGAUCAAGAGAAUGAAGAUGCUUCUACUAUUACUACUCCAAUACUUGAGGGGUCAUCAAAUUUCAUUACUUCAAGUUCUUCAUUGAAUAGCUCAAAGCGUCCACGACUUCUUCCAAAUCAACUGGAUGUUUUUCGUUUGGAAAGAGAUCAUGGAAUGCGACCAAUGAUUUGGAAGUUUUCUCCAAAUAAAAGAGAUGAAAUCCGUCGGGCUUAUAUUAAAGUUGGGCCAAAUCAACCAAUUCUUGAUAAUUAUCCAUUUUUUGGUGAUAAAAGUCAUCGUCGCUUUCAAGCUUCAUGGUUUAAAUUGUUUCUAUCUUUGUUAGAAUAUUCUAUAGAAGAUGAUGCUAUAUAUUGUUUUCCGUACUUUCUUUUUGCUAAGGAACCUUCAAUCAAUACGGGUUCAAAUGCUUUUAUUGAGAAUAGUUUUAGGAAUUGGAAGAAAGUAAAUAGUGGAAAAGAAUGUGCUCUUUUGAAUCACAUUGGCAAAGGUCCUAACUCAUUCCAUCAUAAGGCGUUGAAAUCAUGUGAUGAUUUGAUGAAACAAUCACAACAUAUUGACAGACUUCUUCAUAAGCAAACAUCAGAAGAGAUUGAAAAGAAUCGAAUUCGACUAGGAGCAUCUAUAGAUUGCAUUAGAUGGUUGACAUUUCAAGGUUGUGCAUACAGAGGACAUGAUGAAAGCCAAAGUUCAAGCAAUAGAGGUAACUUUUUGGAAAUGUUGAAAUUUUUGGGAUCUUACAAUGAAAUAGUGAAAAAGAAUGUUUUGGAAAAUGCUCCAAAAAAUGCUAAGUAUACUUUAAAUGAUGUCCAAAAAGAAAUUCUACAUAUUCUUGCUACUAAGGUGAGAAAUUCAAUCAGAGAAGAGAUUGGAGAUGCCAAAUUUUGUAUUAUUAUUGAUGAAGCUAGAGAUGAAUCUAAAAAGGAGCAAAUGGCCAUUGUUUUGAGAUUUGUUACUCUAGAUGGUUUUGUUAAAGAGAGAUUUUUUGAUCUUGUGCAUGUCACUGAUACUUGUGCAACAACUUUAAAGAAAGAAUUGAUUUCUGUCCUUUCUCAUUAUAAUCUCCAAGUUGAAAAUAUUAGGGGUCAAGUGUAUGAUGGUGCUAGCAACAUGCGGGGUGAGUGGAAUGGUUUGCAAGCUUUGUUUCUUAAAGAUUCUCCACAAGCAUACUAUGUGCAUUGUUUUGCUCAUAGGUUACAAUUAGCAUUGGUGGCAGCUUCAAGAGAGGUACUUCAAAUUCAUGAAUUUUUUACUCAAUUAAACUCUAUUGUCACUAUUGUUAGUGUUUCUUCAAAAAGACAUGAUCAAUUACAAGAAGCUCAAGCAAUUGAAAAUGCAAACUUGGUUGCUCAAAAUAAAUUAGAAACAGGCAAAUGUGCGAAUCAAAUAAGCACUUUACAAAGAGCUGGGGAUACUCGAUGGAGCUCUCACUUUAAUUCUAUUUGCAGUUUGGUAAAAAUGUUUACUGCUACCAACAUUGUUCUCAAUAAUAUCAUUAAAGACAGGACAACUUAUGCACAAAGAGGUAAGGCUUAUGGUGUUUAA